GAUCAUGGACUUAUGACCUUCUUCCUAAAUGCCUGACACAUCAGUUUGACAUUGUCUAGAUCAUUACCUACACAGGUAUUUGGAUUUAAAUAACAUUGUAGUUAGCAUAUCUCUCCAGUGCAACGGUGGAAUCCUAUUUGAUAAAGCGCACUAUCUGUCGUUGUCACCUUUCAAAAUACUUAAUUUUAGUUUAAAAUGGCAACAAGGACUUCAUUGAAUACAGAUACAUGUAGAAUCCCUAACUUUUCUAAUGAGGAAGAAGUUAGAAAAAUACAUUUGAAGAUUCUGUCUGACCUCCAAACUGAAUAUCUAUUCAAAUUCAAGCCAGAUGGCUCAGAAUCGGAGUAUUACAGAAAAUGGAAAUUCGCGAUUGGGGUGUAUGACGAUUCUCCUAAACGGCGGGAGGCAACCGUUGGAGAAGACCUAUACUACCUGAUGUCAGAGGGAAUCAUAGCGAUUGGAAAUUAUGACUGGCUCAUCAAUCGACUGGAAGACGUUGACCACAGAUCAAGCAAAUUAGUGCGAGAUGCAGCAUUUGAAAUACUAUCGAUUCAGGGUAAAACGACACCCCAUCCAGCGCCACCAAAAGUAGAAGUGAGCGGUAGAAGAAAUAUUGAAGUUGGAAAUGAAGUUUUCCUUAAAGGAUUUGUUUUGUCCUAUCCCCAUGCAACAUAUGUCAGAUGGAAACGGAAAGAGGAAGAACAAGUCAUUGACGUUGACAUUCAAAAAAGAAAGUUUUUAGGCUCUUCAACUGAUAGGUAUAAUCCACUACUUAUCAUAAAUGAUGCCGAGGUUACCGAUUCUGGCACAUAUUUCCUUCUUAUCACCAAUGAUGUAAUGUCGGUCGUCAGCAACUAUGUUACCAUUGAAGUGGCCCAUGGUAUGAUCAAUAUAUCAUAUUCACCAGUUGUAAUCCUUAUUUCAAGACAACUAAAAACUUCAAAAUUGCUCUAUCAAGAUAUUUUUUAUUAUUCGUUAUGUUUGCUUAUAUUUCUUUACAAUGUAGCUGACACAAGCAUUGUCAAUACUUUGACAACCAUUUCUGUGAUCCCUACAAAGGAUGAAAAGACGGAUCAAACAAAUUUCUUUCUCCGCAUUACCUGCAGGCUCAUAAAUUGUGCCAGCGAUUGGAUCGAUCAAAAUACGUCGGCCUCUGUAGUUCUAGCUCUCUUUGAAAAUGUUAAACUAUGUACUCAAAACUUUUAUGAGGAAAACGACAGAGAUCUCAUUCAAAGUCUCCUGGACAACGUCACCAAAAAAGUUCAGUGGUGGGCAGGAAUCGAUGUGCAAAAUCGUAUGACCGCAUUUUUUCACAUCAUUGGUCAAAUGGCUGCAAUAACUUCCCAUUUCAAUAUAAAAGAAGCAAAGGCUGAAGUUGGAUCUAUAGUCUUUCACAUGAAAUUCGAGGCUAGCAGAGAUUUCGAUACCUACCAAAAAGAAUAUAGAAAUGGUAAUCUUCACAAAAAGUUUGAAGAAUUAUUACUUCAUGUCCCAUAUCUGGAAUUGUUUGGCUUAGAGAAAGGCGAUGUCGUCUUGAAAGUUGAAAACGUUGAGGAAGCCUCUAAACACAAAGGAAAAGAGAUCGGCUAUGUGGUGGCUAUUGAUUUUGGGACAUCUACCUCUGGAUUUGCUUACGCCAGAAAAAGUAAAUUGGACGAGAUAGAAAUUGGAACCUGGGUACUUGGCAGUGAAACUACAAAUAGAACAAAAAAUCAUAUUUUAUUGAACCAAGACAGAACGUUUAAUUCCUUUGGAUUUGAGGCUGAAGAUGCAUACGCUAAAAUUGCAGACAAUGAAGAUAGAUUUAAAGAUUAUCUUUAUUUUGAAGAAUUCACUACCCAUUUGCCCACUGAGGGUUCACUGGAGAAUACGCAUGUUACAGAUCAAGGAGGAAAAACCGUGAAAGUGUUGCUGGUGCUGCAGCUUGCUUUAAAAUAUAUCAUUGACCAGGUGUUAGAGUGUGUCAAACAAGAGGCGCCAAAUGUGAAACCAAAUAAAAUAAAAUGCGUGCUAGUGACACAUUUGGCCUCAAACAGUCAUUUCAUAUCAGCUGUGAAGCCAAUAUUUGAGGAGACAGGGUUUGACUCACGUGAUAUUUCGAUUAUGAGCUAUUGUGACGGCGUGGCCAGCUACUGUCAACAUUCUUCAGCGACAGAGCUACACAGGAUGAAGGAGGGAAUGCCAUAUAUGGUCAUCAGUUUAGGAGAUGCUAUGUCGACCAUAUCCCAACACACUCUGCAAAAUGGCGAUAUAUCAGAAGUAAGAAACGUGGUUGACAUGCCUUUGGGUUGCAAGCAAGUUAGAAAUGGCUUUUCAGAAUUUCUAUCACUCUUGUUUGGGGUGGAAAAUGUAAAUAAAAUAAGAGAAAAUGAACAGGAAGAUUAUAAGGAUCUUUUGCGGGAAUUUGAGAUCCAGAGGAUGACGUUUAGCCUAACCGGUGAUGACAUAGAAUUGCCAAUAUCGCCAAUGAUUCCUGUUCACAUUCAGACAGAAAAUGAAUCAACUAUUUACGACUUAAUCGAAUCAUCUGAAUACAAAGAUUCAGUUAAUUUUUCAUCAGGAAAUUUGAUAAUAUCAUGUGACGUGUUUCGCUCUUUUUUCGAACCCGUCGUAGAAAUGAUCAUGGAGAAAGUCGCACCUUUAAUUUUAGAGAGCGAUUCAUCUGCUAUCGUUCUUUGUGGGGAAUUUUCAAAAUGUCCCUUCAUUCAAGAACGUCUGAAAGAAGUGGCUGGUGGCAAAGAGAUAAUAGUUCUCACGGACGCUGACGUAGCUGAAAUGAAGGGUGCUUUGCUAAGUAGUACGUCAUCAAACAAGUCCGAGAGAUGAAGCUCUUGUCAACCAAUCAUCACGUUUACAGGGUAACAGACGUAUAGAGCAGCUUCUUGACACAGAAAAUACAGAAAAAAUGUUAUUGUGAAAUGUCAGCACAUGUGGUGCAUGAAUACUUCCUGUCGUUGUUGGCAAACUAUGCAUUUUUUUUUUUAUUUGCGUAUCAUUUCUAUGAUCAGUUGAUUAUAAUGGUUGCAACAGCUUGUGAGUGACGUUCCAUAAACUACAAUUCAAACUAACAAACAUGAUACAUAUACACAAGUUUUCAGUCUGGUCAAUUUACUCCGUCAAUUUGACAUACAGUAUUUUCUCACAUUUGAAUGUAGACGUCUAGCUUGAUGCUCUGUGUCAAACCAUACUAACACAUUAUCAAUUCUUCGUUUUAUUGCGAAAGACAUUUUCAGAAAUUGAACUCACAACAAUAUUACAACAAAACUGAAAAUAAACAAACAUUUCUUACAAAUAUCAAGCAGAUGUCAAUGUGAUGCCUAAAUGGUUCGAAUAUAUUUCAUUGUUGAGAUGUUUACAAUAAAAGGUUUGGGAACAAGUUCUUAAAACGUGGAACGCCCUCUCCUAAGUAUAUGCUAGUAUAAUGAUAGUAGAGAGGAGAAUGGCGGUACAGUAGAGAUUUAAAGAUUACACGUUACAGACUGUUCUUAGUUCUAGAGCUUUACAAAUAAAUGUUCCUAAGUUACAAAGUUCUUUAACAUUGUUCACAUGUACACUUAAUAGCUGUAUAAAUUUGAACAUAGGGAGUUUACUCCAGUAAUAUAUUUUCACUAAUUUAACUCGAAUCUGACUAUAUACAAGACAUACUAACAAAAAGUGGUAUUCAUCCUUCCCUUCAGUAACAUACGUUUUACAAAACCGUUUUUCACAUGGUAUAUUUUAUGUCUGCCAGUUUCAAUGAAUAAAUUAAGUGAUGAUAACCUUAUUGUGGAUAUACCCUUUUUGUACAUUAUUGGGAUAGAUUUUUUAAGGAAAUAUUGCAGGCACAAAUUAUCAACCAACUGUUUGUAAAAAGUGCAUUUUGAUUCAUUUUGCAUAUUGUUAUGUAAAUUUCGAAUAAAAUGAUCCUUCAA